GACCCAGACCUCUACAAGUGGAAGAAGGCCCAUAGCUGUCUCCUCCGUCGUGGUGUUCGUAGAGAGAUGGAAGAAGCAGAGGUCUUGGAAUUGUACGAGCUCCACUAUUCGGAUCUCAUGCGUCUGUCUUCGACAAUUACUCCGUCCUCAUUGUCAUUAGCAGAAGAAGAAAGGGAAAGCCUGAAAUUAAUAAGCAGAGACAUAAUGGAAGCCCUAGGGCCCACGGGCCCGGGCCUGCUGUCGAUCAGUGGGGUCCCCGACGCCUCCACUCUCCGUCGAGACCUCCUCCCUCUCGCUCGCCGGCUCGCCCUUCUCAACCCCGACGACCGUAAAAGCAUUCUCAAGGAGCAUAACUUGGGGAGCGAUGUUCCUUUGAAGAAUCCGGAUAGAAGUGUCUCUUCUUUUGCAAUGCAACUCAGAUAUGCACAAGGUCUGGGAUCCAGUCAAAAUAAGCCAAGUCAUAGAGGUGAUACCAUACUGAAUUCUGAACAAGAUCAUCUGGAAGUUGGUAUGAUGAGAGAAAUUCAGGAUAGUGAAUUUAAAAAUCUUGGAAACGCUUUUAGAAAGAUUGGAUUUUGCAUGAUGGAUCUAGGGCUCCGCAUUGCACAAAUAUGUGAUAGGGCCAUUGGUGGACAAGAGCUUGAGCAGAGCUUAUUGGAGUCCUCUGCAGCAAAAGGGCGUCUUAUUCACUAUCACUCAGCUCUAGACAACAUUGUUCUAAAAGAAGCUGGGAGGAGCAAGGCAACAGCAAAAAGACAGGCAAAUGGUAGAAGGGACAAAAACAUUUCCAUAAGGAAUAAGCAAGGCCUAUCAGAAGGCUCUAACUUGGAUUCAAAUGGUAAAGAAGUUAGAUCAAAUGGAAUUCAUUCCAAUCUGUGGCAGCAAUGGCAUUACGACUAUGGUAUAUUCACUGUUCUGACAGCUCCCUUAUUUCAUUCCCCAUCUUUUCAACAAGCAACAGAACCAAAAGAUCUGUUUUCAGUGUUCUGUGAUGAGGAAUGUCCAUCCCCUAGCGACCACACAUAUUUGCAAAUUUUCAAUCCCUACAAGAAUAAUGUCUAUAUGGUGAAGGCCUCUCCUGAAAGUUUUAUCAUUCAGGUGGGUGAAUCGGCUGAUAUCUUAUCAAAAGGGAAGCUUCGCUCAACCCUUCACUCUGUCUCUAGACCUUCUAAGUUGGGAAAUUUGAGCAGAGAAACCUUUGCUGUGUUCUUGCAGCCUGCAUGGAAUAAAACUUUCUCUAUCUCAGAUUAUCCUAUGAAACAGUUAAUGUCAUGUGAUCAAGACUUGCGGGUAUCUAAUGGGGAAACAAAUCUUGCUGAGCAGGGCCAAAAUAAACCAACUCAAGAAAUUCAAAAAAUACUUCCACCACUAUCAUCACGGUUAAAGGAUGGGAUGACAUUUGCAGAAUUCUCACGUGAAACCACCAAGCAGUACUACGGUGGUAGUGGUUUGCAAUCUAACAGAUAAGUAGUUCCUUGGAUUUCUGCACAAUGCUAUAUGAAAGCCAUUUGACUGGCCUUAUUACCAACAGUCAAAACACACUGCUUUCCUUCUUCAUCAGUCCAUGCAUAAGUAAUUGCAACUUCUCAGUGUGAGCAAGCAGCAACUUUUCCUUCUCAACCUCAUCGAUGUUCUGAUAUACAUAUCCAGCUAACAUCAGGCACAUCUCCCAUUUUCUUCAUUUCGUGAACCAACUUAACUCGAAAUAUAUCUCUCCUGUACGUAUCUGGAUGGGGCUACUCUUCUGCGCGCAGAGAAAAAAUGAAUCCGGUGUUCAAUUUACAUCCAGCUCCACACGUGCUGGCUUUUCCCCCCUUCAAGACACUCCACAUCCUCCCAUCCUAUUUGAUGGCAUAUAAGCUCAUCGUCAAGAAAUAAUUAGCAGAGUUAUAUGGUUCUAAGUGAAAUAGUUUCUUUGCUGGAAUCUCCGCAUACCUCAUGUUUUUAUGGAUUCGGCACCGGGCCGACUUGAUAUAUUUUGAGGCCUAAGGUGAAAAAUUUAACUAAGACAUUUUCUUUAAAUUUAAAUAUUAAUAUUAUAUUUUAAUUUAAAAAUCA